AUGGUUGCUCCAAGGAAUACCGCUUAUGCGGAGGAGAGCGCCGAGGUGGAAGUGCUGUAUGCCAACCUCGAGAAGCUCAAACUCCUAACCAAGAAAAUUCAAGGCUCUAUGGUGCGCCUAGAGACCGGAGGCAACGUUGUGAAGCAUGCUAUCGGCCCCAUUUACAGCAAUACGCAAUCCCUCCAGAUCACCAACAACAACAUUGAUAAGGUCAAUGAAGCCAUUGAUCGUCUUCGCCAACCGCUCGAUGCGAAGAACCGGGAAGAGGAUAUCAUUCGCUCGGGACCCCAGAAUGUCGAACUGUCGCAGUAUAUCUCGGCUAUGAAUCGCGUGGGGAAGGCUCUAAACGAUCUCAAUUCUACAAAUCUGCGGUCGAAUCAGAAAGCUAUCACCGAUUUCUCGUCGUUGUUAAAUACCGGUUCCAUCAAGCUCCAGGACUUGUUCCGCGCCAAGUUGAGCCAACAUGUCAGCGCUAUCGAGCCGCUACAUUAUUUGACAAAAGAUCUUCCGUUCCCAACGCUUCCCGAAGAAACAAUUGCAGAACUGGGUCCUAUAUGCAAUGCGAUUGGCGCUGCGACCGCUCAUGGCCCUCAACUUGGCGAUGGAGGAAACCCUGCUCUCAAAAUGUAUGCCGAGAUCCGUGCAUCUUAUGUCACAUCAAGCUUGCAGAAUCUUGCCAUCGCGUCUUUGAACACUGUCAAGCGCAGAGCCACGGAUGGGCCUUACAAACAAGGUACGAAUGGCAUUGGCAUUUAUUCCAACGCUUUGGAAGGCUUCAUAUAUGCCGAACACGACAUCAUAUCGCAGAUUUUCACCGGCGACCAGCGGGGACUGGCUCUCCAGGCCACGUGUCGACCUGCGCUAGGCGAAUACGCGAAAACCCUACGUGAACUCAACCAAUACAUUCGGGCGAAUCUUAUGACCGAUUGUUUCCUGGCAUUUGAGAUCAUCGAGAUCGUGACGGCCAUGUCAUACCGGAUAGAGUCCAAGACGGGAGAACUCAAGAGCCUGUUUAUAGAAGCUCUGAGGCCUAUUCGUGAGACAGCAAAAUCGUCUCUUUCGGAAUUACUCGAAGAGACCAAGCGCAAAGCCGGGAAUAUCGCUGUUCUUCCGCCCGAUGGUGGCUCCGUGCCCCUUGUUAAUGAAGUCAUGAGUGCGCUCACUACCCUGACCGGCUAUUCGGGACCACUCGCUUCAAUUCUGACAUCCUUGGGCGAUGGUAACUGGCGUUCGACAUCCAACACGUCCGGUGCGCCGUUGGACGUUAGUCCAGACAGCUCUACGCUGCUCACGCACUUUAUCCUUGACAUGGUUGAGGCCCUUAUGAUCGCACUGGAAUCUCGAGGCCGGGCGUUUCAUCGAACGAAGGCUGUUCAGGGUGUUUUCCUGUCGAACGUGUUCUGCAAUGUCGAUCGGGCCAUCCGACACAAUUCGGAAUUGGCUCGGUACCUCGGCUCUCCGGACAGCAUUGCGCGGAUUGACACCUUCCGGAAACGGGCUACUUCGACAUAUCUGGAUGCGUGGAAGGAGACCUCGCAUUUCCUCCUUGAUGUGCAAUACACGUCUCGGGGCGCAAGCGGCUCGGCUCGGCCGGCCUCUGGUGGAGCGGUGGACUCCAGCGCGAUCGUCAAGUCCCUCUCAUCCAAAGACAAGGAUGCGAUCAAAGACAAAUUCAAAGCGUUCAACGCAAGCUUUGACGAGAUGUUGGCUCGCCACAAGGGCCUGUACAUGGAGCGGGAAGUGCGUGGCGUGCUUGCUCGGGAGCUCCAGACCGUCCUGGAGCCUCUGUAUGCUCGCUUUUACGACCGCUACCAUGAAAUUGACAAAGGCCGGGGCAAAUAUGUCAAGUAUGAUAAGGGAAGCCUCUCGGCGCAGCUGGCUGCCUUGUCAUGA